AUGCAUUUUAUGUUUCAUGAUGCCAUUAGGGAUGAGAUUGAUUUGCACGAGCUUGUCCAUCGUCACUUUACCACCGAGGAGUUCGGUGUAAUGCCUCCUAAGGGUGAAAUUCUAAGCCGAGAAGUAAGUCGAUCCCUAGACAUUAUGGAACGUUCACUUAAACUAGUUGACAGACAAUAUGAGAUUGGCCUUUUAUGGGAUUCGGACAAUGUGAAAUUACCUGAGAGCUACAACAUGGCCUUUAAAGGUCUUCAGGUGCUAGAGAAGUCUUUGACAAGGAAGCCGGAGCUGCUGGAAUGGCAAAACAAUUAUUUUGCAAGUCUGCUUUCCAAAGGGUAUGCUAGGAUUGCAUCAAAGGAAGAGUUGGAGAGAGAAUGGGACCGCGUCUGUCAUUUGAUGAAGGGACCAGACAACUUAGUUCCAUUACAUGCUGGAAUCUUUAAGUUCCGAGAACGCCAAGUGGCUGUGAACGCAGAUGUACGUGAGAUGUUCCACAGAAUACGUAUCAAGGCCGAGGACCAGCAAUGUCAACGGAUUUUAUGGAGAGACGGAGAUACAUCGAGGGAGCCAACAGUCUACAUCAUGCAGGUCAUGAUGUUUGGUCCCCGAUGUUCACCAUCAUGCGCCCAGUAUGUGAAAAAUCACCAUGCUAAUCUCUUUAAAGAAGAGUGUCCCGAAGCAGUGAAUGGGUUAACCAAACGGACAUACGUAGAUGACUAUUUGAGUAGUCACAACUCAAUUGAAGAAGCUGUUGCCGUUACGAAAGAUACGAUUCGUAUAUGUCAUUCGAUGAAUUUUGAUUUGGUUGGAAUACAAUCAAAUAGCCGUGAGUUUUUGGAUCAGAUGCCGGAGGGUAACGUGAAUUCUAAAUUAGUAAGCAUUAAUCCAAAUGAAAGUGAUCAUAUUAUGUCCAAAGUCUUAGAAGAAAUGCUAACCGAAGAUGCUGUGAUCACAAAACGAAAGAUGCUGAAGACCAUUAUGAAGAUAUUUGAUCCUCUGGGAAUUGCUUCUGUAUUUAUAAUCCGCGGCCGAAUUUUACUUCAAGAAGUAUGGAGAGAAGGCUUCGAGUGGGAUGAACCAGUGACUUCAGAUUUAAGACGUCUAUGGCGGGAUUUCAUCAAGGAUCUCAAGCAGAUUGAGAGCAUCAAAGUUCCCAGGCGUUACGUUUCGUGGGAUCCCGACGAAUCUAAGUUUAGUCUGGUGGUUUUUGCCGACGCUUCGGAGAAGGCGUUUGCUUCAGUGGCCUACUUACGUUUUGACCGCGACGGUGAUGUUGAGGUUUCGGUAGCCAUGGCAAAGGCGAAAGUGGCACCCCUUAAACAAUUAUCCAUCCCUCGCUUGGAGUUGCAAGCUGCGGUACUUGGCGUUCGUUUGGCAACUACAAUCAAAGAGUCACAUACGUUGCAUAUUUACGAAGUACUGUUCCUUAGUGAUUCGAAGACGGUGCUUUCAUGGAUAAACUGCUCAAAUAGACUACCUGCCUUUGUCGCAACGCGGGUGGGUGAAAUCUUGGACACUACUUCUCCCCGCCAAUGGUUCCACAUUCGGUCUAACGACAACGUGGCCGAUUAUGGCACAAAACGAUUCGAAAAAUCAAUGGGAGACCAAGAUACCAGAUGGUUUAAAGGUCCAGAUUUUUUAAAACUUCCCUUUGAGGACUGGCCCAUUUCGUCAUUCAAAGCCGACUCUGAGCUAGUGAUGGUUAAGGAAAAGUCAGCGAAAACGUUAUUUCACAAGAAGCCCAUCGCUUAUGAAGUUUUUGUCACACCCGUUGAGUUCUGGCAUGCUGAAGAUUGGAUGUUCAGAAGGAUUCAGGAAGAAGCCUUCCCCAAUGACAUCGCUUCGUUAAGGAUGAGCGGUAAUGUCAGUGCUUCAAGUUCGAUACUAAGUUUAUCGCCGUUUUUGGAUGAUGAUGGAACGUUGCGAAUGCGGUCAAGAGCGCAAAAGGCUAACUGCUCAUAUUCUUCUCGCAAUCCGGCAAUUUUUCCUAAAACCCAUCCAUUGGUCGACUUUUUCAUUGAACAUCAUCACCAAAGGAAUUUCCAUAUGGGGACUGCCACUGUAAUAUCCGACAUUCGAGAAAUUGCGUGGAUCAUUAGCAUUCGAGGAGCGGUUGAUCGAGUGAGAAAAGGGUGCUUUAUGUGCAAGCGUCUCAAGGCCAGAGCAGUCAUGCCGGCAAUGGGACAGCUUCCACCGGCUCGCCUAGCCUUUGAUUCCAGGCCCUUUACCCAUGUCGGCGUGGAUUGUUUCGGACCCAUGUCAGUAAAAAUCAAUCGAAGCACUGUAAAAAGUUACGGUAUGAUCUUCACAUGCCUAACUUUUAGAGCAGUGCAGAUCGAAUUGCUAAAUGAUCUGAGCUUGGAUCAAUGUUAUAUGUCUGUCAGACGUUUCCUUAUAAACCGAGUCGUAACCAAGUAUUUCUAUAGCGACAACGGUCUCAAUUUCGUUGGAACAAAAAAUUUGCUGGAAAAAGAUGUCAAAGAGAUGCAGACUUCACUUUGCGAAUAUUCUUCAAAGUAUGAGGGCGUAUUAUGGCGGUUCAUUCCAGCUUAUUCGCCUUGGAUGGGUGGAGCAUGGGAGCGUCUCAUUCAAUCCAUUAAGAAGAGUGUGAAUUUCGUGCUACAGGUUCUCGUUCUUAGGGAGGACGUUUUGCGGAACGCACUCAUGGAGGCUCAAUGCCAAAUAAACCGCCGUCCGCUCACUCACAUCCCGGUCGAUCCUGAAGAUCCCAAACCACUAUCGCCGAACUCAAUGCUAUUUGGUGAGGAUGAUCGUGACGUUACGGCCCCCGGAAUUUUUCAUGAAAACGAUUUCUGCAGCAAACUUUAUGGUCGCAGAUCCCAACACUUAAUGUCUGAGCUAACCAAAAGAUGGUACGCUGAAUAUUUGCCCGUAAUCACUAGGAGAUCAAAGUGGUUUAAGGACACAAAACCUAUACAGCUUAAUGAUAUCGUCAUCGUUAUUGAACCAAACGAAAUCCGUUCGAGUUGGCGGAAGAGUAAAAUCUAA